GAUUUCGCGCUUUCAUACCCAGACUUCUUGUCCUCCUUCUCCGCUCGGCCAAAAUGCCACAGGUUCCACUUGUUUCUGCAAAUGUUGCGACUAUCUUCAUGGAAAGCUUUUUCUACGGCAUAUUCUUCGUCCUAUCCAUAUCGUCGAUCUAUCUCUUGACCUACCGGCAAAAGCGGAUGUUGCAGACGACUCACCCAAUACAUGCCGCGGCUCCCGUAUUUUCAGCACUUUGCAAGACACCGAUGUUCCUUGGGGCGAUUGCCCUGUCUAUAACUAUCACUGCGCACUGGAUUCUCACCUGCAUUCGCGCCUUCCAAGCGUUUGUACACUUCGAAGACGGAACCGACCCACUGGCAUUCUACGGGGACCUCAAACAAAUGACCGAGGUCGUGAAAACAGGCUUUUUGAUGACUUCCUUGGUCAUAGGAGACGCUAUGGUUAUUUAUAGACUAUGGAUUAUCUGGAAUCGUCGUCUGUCUAUUGUGAUUUUUCCGUUGUGCACGCUCGCGGGUCUUACAGCAUGUGGCGUCGGUAUAACCUAUCAAUUUACUCAGUAUUACCCUGGAGAGAACGUAUUUGUAUCUCAAGCUGGUCGUUGGAUCACUAGUGACUGCGCUUUUACCCUGUGCACCAAUGUAUACAGUACUACAUUGAUUGCCUAUCGAGUUUGGAACUCUCAAAGGCACGUCAAGGCUUAUACCGGUGCAAACGUUCUGAGCAUGCUAGCAACAUUUGUGGAAAGUGCUGCUUUAUACACGUCCUGGACGACAUUCUUUUUCAUCUCUUAUCAGACCCAUUCAAAUCUUCAGUUCACCGCCGUCGAUACAUGGGCUGAGAUGUCGGGCAUAUCGUUCAUGUUGAUCAACGUUCGAGUAGGAUUGGGCUGGGCCCAAACGGGAUCGCGCAUCAGGUACGACUCUCGUGGCGGUUCGGGUCGGACGAAUAACCGGUCGGAAGAGUCCUCGAACGUCUCCUAUCAUAUGCGUCCGCUAGCUGUCAAUAUCACUAGCGUGGUGGAACAGGAGGACGACCUCGAGACGAAGCGCGUCGAGAGUCACUUGGGUGGAAGCUUGAUGCCCGGAUCGAUCUAAGGCACAGGACACGCCGCCUGGGUUACCUUUUUUCAUGAGCUCUAUUCUGUGUUGUCGCAUUGUACAAGCUGUAUCACGUCAUUACAUAGCGCGCGCCUCGGUCUGUCUCUUGGCUUUGUUUAUUCUAAAGACGCCUGCAGACGUAUGAUCACGGUGUAGCUAUUUUAUACUGAGCGGCUUGCUCUCUCAGAUGGUGUAGCCUCCACUGAAGAUUUUCAUGAAUUAUUGGUUCGUGCGAAGGCACCGGCGAAACUUCUCAGGCUCACUGUCCGAGUCGUAGACGUGCCUCUGGAGCGCCACUAGAGAUUGUGUUGUGAACAAUACCACUGGUAUCUGAGGUGAGUCUUACAUUGUUUGCACAUAGAAAAAAC